AUGAAGAGCAACAACAGCCUGACUCCCUCCUAUUUUCAGUUCACUGUGUUUGCAGACUAUGGGCCCCUCAGAUAUCUUUUCUUCAGUCUCUCUCUGUUGAUCUACGUGACUAUAAUCUCUGCUAAUGCUGUCAUUGUUCUGUCAGUCUGCCUGGAGACCUCUCUGCAUCAGCCAAUGUAUAUUUUCAUCUGCUGUCUGUGUUUAAACUCUCUGUAUGGUUCGACCGGCUUCUUCCCCAGGUUGCUGAUGGACCUUCUGUCCAACAUUCAUUUUAUCUCACGCCCGCUCUGUUUUAUUGAGAUGUAUGUUACUCACACUUAUGUAAUACAUGAGGUGUCUCUCCUCACAGUUAUGGCCUAUGACAGGUUUGCUGCUAUUUGCCAGCCUUUACACUAUCACAGUAAAAUGACAUUUAGGAUGGUGCUGCUGCUUUUGAUUCUUGCUGUGCUGCAUCCUGUGUGUGGUUUAGGCUACUUUUUCUAUCAGGCCAUCACUUUGCCUCUGUGUGAAAACAAACUGCACAGGAUUUUUUGUACUAGCUGGGCUAUAAUUUCUCUCUCCUGUGUGGACACAACUUUAUUCAGGGUAGCAAGUCAGUUUCUUGCUAUGAUAAUGAUCUUGAUCCCCCUGUCCUUUGUCCUGUACACCUACCUGCGCAUUCUACUUGUCUGCAGGAGAAGUUCAUCUGAAUUCAGAGGAAAGGCCUUACAGACAUGCCUGCCCCACAUAGUGACCUUUGGGAACUAUUGCAUCUCUCUGUUCUGUGAGGUUUUACUGAGUCGAUAUAAGACUGAUGAAGUAAAUCUUUUUGUCAUUGUUGUUUUAUCUCUGGAGUUUCUGAUCAUUCCUCCCAUUAUUAACCCUCUGGUUUAUGGCCUGAACCUGCCUCAGAUCAGAAAAUGUAUAAUUACAUAUGUAAAGAUUCAUUGA